AUGGCUGCGCCCAUGCUGCGGUACAUUUCCCGUCUUGGGGCAUUCUGUACCCCUGGUUGGUUAGCAGUUUGGCCACUGGGACUACGUAAGGUGCACUCGGGCACUCAGGGAUUCUUGGCAGCGCAGAAAGAGCGAGGACUGUUUAAGGAGUUUUUUCCGGACAGAAGUACGGAGGUAGAACUUCCCGAAUUGUUUGACCGUCGCACGGCGGGUAACUUCCCCCAGACUGUCUACUGCGGCUUCGACCCCACGGCCGAUUCGCUUCAUGUGGGGCAUCUGCUAGCCUUACUGGGCCUGUUUCACUUUCAGCGAGCCGGACACAAUGUGAUCGCGCUGGUCGGAGGCGCUACUGCACGCUUGGGGGACCCCAGCGGCCGCACUAAGGAACGGGAGGCGCUUGAUUCUGAAUGCGUCCGAGCGAACGCACGCGCCCUCCGCGGUGCGCUGCAAUCGCUGGCAGCUAAUCACCGGGAGCUCUUUGCAGAUGGGCGGACAUGGGGGAGCUUCACAGUACUGGACAACGCGUCUUGGUACCAGCAGCAGCACCUGGUGGACUUCCUGGCAGCGGUGGGCGGCCACUUCCGUAUGGGCACACUACUUAGCCGACUGAGUGUCCAGGCACGGCUCAAGAGCCCCGAGGGCAUGAGCUUGGCAGAAUUCUUAUACCAGGUGUUUCAGGCCUAUGAUUUUUACUACUUGUUUCAGCAGUAUGGAUGCCGGGUCCAGCUGGGUGGAUCUGAUCAGCUGGGCAAUAUCGUGUCCGGAUACGAGUUCAUCCACAAGUUGACUGGAAAAGAUGUUUUUGGAAUUACUGUCCCUCUGAUUACAAGCACAACUGGAGCAAAGUUGGGAAAGUCAGCUGGCAAUGCUGUUUGGCUAAACAGAGAUAAGACAUCUCCGUUUGAAUUAUAUCAGUUCUUCAUCAGGCAGCAAGAUGAUGAUAUAGAAAGGUACCUGAAGCUCUUCACUUUUCUACCCCUUUCAGAGAUUAACCACAUAAUGCAGCUGCAUGACAGAGAGCCAGAAAAGCGUGGUCCUCAGAAGCGACUUGCUGCAGAAGUAACAAAGCUUGUCCACGGACGAGAAGGGUUAGAAUCUGCUAAAAGAUGUACACAUGCCCUUUAUCAUAGUAGCAUAGAUGCACUGGAGGUCAUGUCUGAUCAAGAAUUGAAAGAGUUAUUUAAAGAAGCUUCAUUUUCUGAAUUAGUUCUUGAUCCUGGAACAAGCGUCCUAGAUACUUGCCGCAAAGCAAAUGCUAUUCCAGAUGGUCCCCGAGGGUAUCGGAUGAUCACAGAAGGAGGAGUCAGUAUAAAUCACAGAACAGUAACGAAUCCCGAGAGUGUUUUAGUGGUUGGACAGCAUAUUCUGAAGAACGGACUUUCACUGCUUAAAAUAGGAAAAAGGAAUUUCUACAUUAUAAAAUGGCUUCAGCUAUGA